ACAGUUAGCUGACUUUCGCCUAUAAGAUUGUUGUACUUCAGACUUCACAUUAAUUUGUUUUCAAAUCCUUAAUCGUAACCCUAUCUUACUUAAUUUGUGCCUAUUGUAACCGUUCGAAAAUGUCCUGGUAUUAUACCCCUCGCCCUACCGUAGUUGCGGCUGACGAAUUUGAUGCCUCCACCGACGCGGCUGCUUUACGAAAAGCAAUGAAAGGUUUCGGCACUGAUGAGCAGGCCAUAAUCGAUAUCCUUUGCGCUAGAAAUAAUCAACAGAGACAGGAGAUUUCCGAAGCGUUUACUCGCGAGUUAGGGCGGGAUCUAAUUGACGAUUUGAAAUCGGAGUUGGGUGGCAAGUUUGAGGACGUAAUAGUGGGACUUAUGUUACCCCCGGCAAAGUAUCUCUGCAAACAACUGCAUAAGGCGAUGGAUGGAAUCGGUACCAACGAAAAAACUCUGAUUGAAAUUUUGUGCUCGUUGAACAAUGAGCAAAUUAAGGAAGUUGUUAACACCUACGAAGAGCUUUACGAUCGCCCAUUAGCUGAGCAUUUGUGCAGCGAGACAUCCGGAAGUUUUCGACGAUUGCUUACUAUGAUUAUUGUGGGAUCUCGCGAUCCCCAGGGAACGGUAGAUCCCGACUUAGCCAUCGAGCAGGCUAACCAAUUGUACACCGCCGGUGAAGGUAAACUUGGCACAGAUGAAGAAGUGUUCUACAAAAUUUUAGCUCAUGCUAGUUUCGAUCAACUCGAAAUGGUGUUCGAAGAGUACAAAAGCCUGACAGGACGCACCAUUGAGCAGGCUCUGAAGGCAGAGUUGAGCGGUGAAUUGUAUGAGGCUCUUAGUGCCAUUGUAGAAUGCGUACAAAUGGCACCUCAUUUUUUUGCUAAACGAUUGCAUAAAGCUAUGGACGGCGUAGGAACCGACGAUGCAACGCUCAUUCGUAUCAUUGUCAGUCGAUCGGAGAUAGAUUUGCAAAACAUCAAGGACGAAUUUGAGCAAAUGUACAACAAGUCGCUUCACAGUGUUGUUAAGGACGAAACGUCAGGCGACUACAAAAGAGCACUCUUGGCUCUCAUUGGCCAAGCCUAAAUAUAACAAAAUGCUAGAUUCCAGAUUAUAAAUCUUCAUAACUUAGGUCUGAUGUGUAAUUCUGACACUAGUGUAUCGUCGCUGUAUUUCGUCGUGCAUUGGAAUUUUUCGGGAUAUUUAUACCAACAUUUAUGCAAACCAAAAGCAUUCUUUUACCUCGUAUUUUGUCGAAUCUCAAGAAAUAACCAGCGAACAAAAUUGCAACGCAAACUAAACAUCAGACCAGAUGCCUUGAAUCUAUUCGAAACGAAUAUCAAAAUACCUAAUUUAUAUAUUCUCGUGUUAGUUGUAAACUGAAAAUUUUGUAGAUUUUCGUCAUUUUACGACCGAAUUUUAUCUGUGUGCCAAUACAGGCCUAAAUGUAGCAGUACGGCGACUAAUAUAUGAAUGCCGCUUAAUAUUGGAUGCAUA